CCUGACCUCGAAGCAAUUGUUACCUUCGAAUCUAUCAAUUUUUAACAGUUUUUAUUACUAUUAAAUGUUAUAAUUAUUAAUAAGUUCGUAGAAGACAUUAUACUACAAGCUAGCGGAACUACGGUUUUCGUUUUGUUGCUGUGUGUCUAAUUAUUUCAAUAAUGUUUUUCAUCACAAAAAAAAAAAUCGGUUUUUAUUAGAUUUUUUUUAUAGACAUAUAUGUAGGGAGAGUAUAAAUUAAAAUUUAAAGCAGUGUCACCAUGUGAAUCUACUAAAAAUCACAAGUUACAGUAUAACAUGUAUUUAAGUAAGACAAGUGCGACUGAAUUUGAAAUAAUGGGCAAUAUUACUUAUUUAAUUCCAUUUGACGAUUCUGUUAGCCUUAACAUUAAUUUGGCCAAUAAAGGAUCAAUCGGUGGCUGGGUAGAGAAUGCACAUGUCUACACCACGACUAAUGCUUGCUCGAAGUUGAAGUACUUAUUGGGAGAUUCAUGGAAAGAUUAUUGUCAAGGAUUUAAAUUUCCUGACUUAGAAUGUCCAAUGAAGCCGGGCAUUUACGUGUCAUCUGGAAUUAACACUAACAAAAUGAAGAAUACUAAUUUCCCCAAGAAAUUUUUUUACGGGGAGUAUAAAAUGGUAAUUAAGUUUACAAGCAGUAAGGGAGAAAAACUUGGUUGUCUCGUGAUAGUUUUGGAUAUUAUACGACCAUGGGAGACUUAAACAUUAUAAUUUUAAAUUAUGUUCAUAAAGUAUGAAAUGUUAUGUAUUUUAUUUUAUGAACUAUAUUUGUUUAAUUUCCGUUAACUCUGGGUCCGGUUUUAUUAUUAGCUAUUAUUAAACAUAUUAUACGUAUUUUAUUUUCUGAUAA